UGAGAAUUACCGAAAAGAAUUCUUUACUCAGAUUCUGCCUCCCUUGAUUCAUUCUAAUCAAUGGGAAUUUUUGGAUUGCUAUGGAUCAGCAUUCCCCGUGAUUCAGUCAAACCACAUUAUGCCCUAGCUCUGAAAACCAUAUGUCAGAUAGCUUAUCAUGUCUUCCAUUGGACGUUUCCAAGAAGAAUGAGGACGACGAAGAAAAAGUCAAGGCUUCUGCUUUAUAUUCAAGCGAGCUUUCCGUCGUAACUGAGCAACAGCUUCAAGAGCUUACUGAUGCUACCCAAAUGUACAAGCCGUUUUCCGUUACCUCUAUCAAGGCUGGCCUCGCUACACGAAGCUCAGUGGUGAACUACGAGAGUUUUAUAUUUUACGACAGGAGUUAGCGGUCAUUGAUGGUUGUCUUAUUCGAGGAUCGAGACUUGUGGCUCCAUAAAGACUAACGACAAAAAUUAGCCAGUGUGCACACGAAGGUCAUCCGGGUAUCGUACGAUCGAAGCGCCGACUGCAAGAA